CUGCAAACCAAAAAUGUGGAAGAAAGAAAACAGUGUCCUUUAGCAGCAUGCCAUCAGAGAAGAAAAUAAGCAGCGCUAGUGACUGUAUCAGCUUCAUGCAGGCUGGCUGCGAACUGAAGAAAGUUCGUCCAAAUUCCCGGAUUUAUAACCGUUUUUUUACUCUGGAUCCUGACCUGCAGGCUCUUCGCUGGGAGCCUUCCAAGAAGGACCUUGACAAAGCUAAGCUUGAUAUUUCUGCUAUAAAAGAAAUCAGGCUGGGGAAGAACACAGAAACCUUCAGGAAUAACGGGCUUGCGGACCAGAUUUCGGAGGACUGCGCGCUCUCGGUGAUCCACGGUGAGAACUACGAGUCCCUUGACUUGGUUGCUCAUUCAGCCGAUGUGGCCAACAUUUGGGUUUCGGGAUUAAGGUACUUGGUUUCUCGUAGUAAACAAGCUCUGGAUUUGAUAGAAGGCAGCCAUAACACCCCGCGGUUUGCAUGGCUAAAAACUGUAUUUGAAGCAGCAGAUGUUGACGGCAAUGGCAUCAUGUUAGAAGAUACAUCUGUGGAACUAAUAAAAAAGCUCAACCCCACCCUAAAGGAAGCAAAGAUUAGAUUAAAAUUUAAGGAGAUUCAGAAGAGCAAAGAAAAACUGACAACGCGAGUAACGAAAGAGGAAUUUUGUGAAGCAUUCAGUGAACUUUGCACCAGACCUGAAGUCUAUUUCUUACUUGUGCAGAUAUCUAAAAACAAAGAGUAUCUAGACGCCAAUGACCUCAUGCUGUUUUUAGAGGCUGAGCAGGGAGUGACUCAUAUAACAGAAGAAAUGUGUCUAGAUAUUAUACGCAGGUAUGAACUUUCUCAAGAAGGGCGGUUAAAAGGAUUUCUUGCAAUUGAUGGCUUUACUCAGUAUUUGUUGUCCCCAGAAUGUGAUAUUUUCGACCCGGAACACAAAAGAGUUGUCCAAGACAUGUCGCAGCCUUUGUCUCAUUACUACAUCAACGCGUCCCACAACACGUACCUGAUAGAGGACCAGCUCAGAGGACCGGCCGACAUCAACGGCUACGUCAGAGCUCUGAAGAUGAACUGCCGCAGCAUCGAGCUGGAUGUCUGCGACGGCCCCGAUAACGAGCCCGUCGUUUGCAACCGCAGCAACAUGACGGCGCCGCUCGCCUUCCGCAACGUGAUCGAGGUGAUAAACAAACUGGCCUUCUUUGCCUCAGAGUACCCCCUCAUCCUCUGCCUGGGGAACCACUGCUCGCUACCGCAGCAGAAAGUGAUGGUUCAGCACAUGAAGAGGGUCUUUGGAAGCCAGCUCUACACAGAAGCACCUCUGCCCUCGGACGCCUACCUGCCGUCGCCCGAGAAACUGAAAAUGAAGAUCAUCGUGAAGGGGAAAAAGCUGCCCUGUGAUCAGGAUAUAUUAGAAGGAGAAGUCACAGAUGAAGAUGAAGAGGCUGAAAUCUCCCGGAGACUGUCAGAGGACUUGUCGAGGGAGCCAAAGCUCAUCUGGCUCUGCAGAGAGUUGUCCGACUUGGUGUCCGUAUGCAAAUCCGUUCAGUACAAAGACUUUGAGACAUCUAUGAAAAGCCAGAAUUACUGGGAAAUCUGUUCCUUCAGUGAGGCAGAAGCCAACCGGCUUGCAAACGAAUACCCUGAAGACUUUGUCAACUACAAUAAAAAAUUUUUGUCCAGGGUGUACCCAAGUGCUAUGAGAAUAGACUCCAGUAACUUGAACCCUCAAGAUUUUUGGAACUGCGGUUGCCAGAUAGUGGCCAUGAACUAUCAGACGCCCGGGCCCAUGAUGGACCUGCACACCGGCUGGUUUCUGCAGAACGGCGGGUGCGGGUACGUGCUCAGGCCCUCCGUGAUGCGCGAAGAGGUCUCCUACUUCAGCGCCAACACAAAGGGCAUCGUCCCCGGCGUCUCUCCGCAAGUCCUGCACGUCAAGAUCAUCAGCGGGCAAAACUUCCCCAAGCCCAAGGGGGCUGAUAACCCCAUUUUUGAUGAGAGCUUUGAGUUCCAGAUCAACCUACCGGAGCUUGCCAUGAUCCGCUUCGUUGUGCUGGACGACGACUACAUCGGGGACGAGUUCAUCGGCCAGUACACCCUCCCGCUGGAGUGCUUGCAGCCGGGCUACAGGCACAUCCCGCUGCGCUCGUUCGUCGGAGACAUCAUGGAGCACGUGACGCUGUUUGUCCACAUUGCGCUGACCAGCCGCGGCGGCGGCGGGAAGGCCCAGAAGCGCAGCCUCUCAGUGCGCAUCGGGAAGAAGGCCAGGGAGUACACCAUGCUGAGGAGCACUGGCCUCAAGACCAUCGACGACGUCUUCAAGCUGGCCGUGCACCCGCUGCGAGAGGCCACGGACCUGAGGGAGAACGUGCAGAACGCAGUGGUGUCGGUGAAGGAGCUGUGCGGGCUCCCGCCCAUCGCCAGCCUGAAGCAGUGCAUCCUCACGCUGUCCUCGCGGCUCGUGGGCGCCGACAACCUGCCCUCCGUCACGCUCUGCAUGAAGGAUGCCUUUCCCCACCUGGAGCCCCUGGGCGCCGUGCCCGACGUGCAGAAGAAGGUCCUGGCCGCCUACGACCUGAUGAUCCAGGAGAGCAAGUUGCUUAUUGAAACAGCAGACAUCACUCAUGACAAGAUUGUGCAGUGUCAGAAAGCAGGGAUGGAGUUCCACGAAGAGCUGCAUAACCUCGGCGCGAAGGAAGGCUUGAAGGGCAGGAAGCUAAGCAAAGCCAUCGAAAGUUUUGCCUGGAAUAUCACGGUGCUGAAGGGACAAGGGGACCUCCUGAAGAACGCCAAGAACGAGGCUCUGGAGAACAUGAGGCAGAUCCAGCUGGCGUGCUCGUCGUGCGGCCUCAGCCGAGCCGGGGGCGCGCACGCGGACGCCAAGGCCAAGCGCGGCCUGGAGGCCAUACAGGAGAAGGACACAGGAGACGAGAACGGGAGGCUGUGAGAGAAGGAAGAGCUGCCACGUUUGUCAGAGAUUUCAGUAAC